UCAGUCCACACUCUGAGGCCCUCAGACGUAGCUGUGCUGUCUGCCAUCGGACUCCCACAAUCACACAGGAAUGAGGUGUCAAGAGUGAUGAGCAGAUUAUCUGAGCUGAUGUCCAUAUUCAGCCCUGAUUUGACCACCCUGCUGCUAGAUGAGACAAGCAUAUACUCUUUACAGCAAAGGAGUCUGUUGGAGCAGGCAGAGCAGCUGGUCCUCUCUCUCCGCCCUCUUCAGGUGCAGUCUGCCACAGGCUGGAAGCUGGUGCUGCUGUUGGUCUCGGUGGAUGAUCUCUGUCUCUGUUCACCUCAGGUCAGCACCUGCAGCUCCGUCAUUCGCCAGCAGUCAGACCCGUUAUCUCACCGCUCAGGUCUGCGUUGUAACAGCAGCGCGGUGCUGGGCCAGGUGCAGAGCCAGGUGCAGGAGGCUCUGCAGAUUCUGCACAGGGCGUGCCGGUGCAGUGAGCCGCACAGCGUUGGAGAGCUGAGGCUGGGGAGGGCUGUGAUCCGCCAGGCCUUGCAGGACACUCUACACCGCCACCUGGUGGAACAGCAGCGGUACAGCAACAGAGAUGACUUCACUGUGGUGCUUCAGGCUCCCCCCCCGGAUACACUCCGUGCCCACGUUCCAGAAGGAAAUGCUCCCCCUGCUGGCCAGAGCCCCUGGCGCACGUCCACGCUGGCCUUACAGCUGUGGAGAAACCUGCUCCAGCCAAUAGGAGGUCAGUAUGAGCUGGAGGAUGCUGGGGGCUUUGCUGGAAUUCCAUACCCCAGUGAGGAUCGACCCUUCUUCCGCACCGAGAGAAACUCCCCCUCACUGUCCCUCUCAGCGGGGCUGUCCCUGGGGGAGCAGGUGGUGGCCUCUCCCCGCGUUGACCCGAUCCUGGGCAGUGAGCUCCGCUGUGAGGAUCUCAGACCCUCUCCCUCCAUCCCCACGUCAGUUCACACACUCCGACCAGCUGAUAUUAAAGUGGUGGCGGCUGUAGGGGACUCUCUGACUGCGGCUAAUGGAGUUGGUGCUGCUCCCAACAACCUGCUGCACGUCCUGACGCAGUACAGGGGCCUGUCCUGGAGUAUUGGUGGAGAUGAUAACCUCACUGCUGUCACCACCCUGCCCAACAUCUUGCGGCUGUUUAACCCCUCCCUGACGGGAUUUUCUGAAGGCAUCGGGAAACAGACCUCCCCCCAGGCCUUCCUCAACCAGGCUGUGGCCGGAGCAACCAGCCUUGACAUGCCAGGUCAAGUGCGCAUCCUAAUCGACAAGAUGAAGUCUGACUCACGCAUAGACUUCCAGGCUGACUGGAAGGUGAUCACCAUGUUCAUAGGAGGAAAUGACCUGUGUGACCACUGCAAAAACACACUGCUUUAUUCUGCGGAGAACUUUGUGUCUCGAAUUCGUCAAGCCCUGGACAUCCUCCACAAAGAGGUGCCCCGCACGCUGGUGAAUUUGGUGGAGCCGCUGCACAUUGUUCCCCUGCGACGGCUCCAUCAGGAGCGCAGCCUGAAGUGCCCCACCUGGCUGGUGAACAUUCUGUGCAGCUGUGUCAUUCCCCCUAAAGAGGGCUCCCAAGAACUGCAGAGGCUGAACGACCUGAACAGAGCUUAUCAGAGGGGAUUGUGGGAGCUGGUGGAAUCGGGUCGGUACGACACGCACUCGAACUUCACAGUGGUGCUGCAGCCGUUCUUCAGAGAGGUGGUGCUCCCAGUGCUGGAGGACGGCCGUCCUGAUCGCUCCUUCUUCACCCCGGAUUGUUUCCACCUCAGUCAGAAAUCUCAGUCCCUGAUGGCCCGCGCUCUCUGGAACAACAUGCUGGAGCCCCUGGGGAAUAAGACCAGCACGCAGGACUUCACCUCCUCUCUGGCCCUCAAAUGCCCCUCCGAGGCCUCUCCCUUCCUGCGGACCUAUCAGAACAGUGACUACGUGUACCAGGGCCCCGCCCCCACUCCUCCACCUAUCACGAACUGGGGCAGUGACCUUUCCUGCACGGACCGAGCUCCAUCCAAUCCCGUCCCCACCUCAGUCCACAGGUUGCGACCAGCAGACGUCAAGGUGGUAGCUGCACUGGGAGGCUCCACAACUGUGGGGUUUGGUGCAAAGGCGAAGAACAUCUUUCAGCUGAACACGGAGUACAAAGGAGUGUCUUGGAGCAUUGGAGGGGAUAAGACCCUGGAGAGUAUCACCACCCUGCCGAAUAUCCUGAGGAAAUUCAACCCCUCUCUGCACGGGUUCUCCAGGGGUCAGGGGUCGUGGCAAAACGGCUUCAACAUGGCGGCCCCCCGAGCUAAGGCCCACGAAAUCCCAGCCCAGAUUGAAAAUCUCAUCAAGGCUAUGAAGGCAGACAAGAAGGUGGAUUUCGAACAGGACUGGAAGCUGGUGACGCUGUUCGUUGGGGUCAGUGAUCUGUGUGAAUACUGCAUGGAUCGAGAUAACCUGUCACCAAAGAACUACAGUUUUCACCUAAUGCAGAGUCUGGACCUGCUGUACAGAGAGGUGCCACGGGUGCUGGUCAAUGUUCUGGAGGUUCUGCAGAUCGAUGGUCUGAGGAGGAUGAAGGACGACUCGCUCGGAUGCUCUGUGCUCCAGGGGUACAUGUGUCCCUGCAUCCUGCUCCCUGGUGAGGACUCCCUGGAGCUGAGUGAGAUGAGGAGGAUCAACCAGGACUACCAGGCAGAGACAGAGUACCUGAUCUCCACGGGACGCUAUGAUGGCCGUGAGGACUUCACCGUGGUCCUCCAGCCCUACUUCCGACAUCCCAUCAUGCCGCUGACUGGGGAGGGGAAGCCAGACCAGAGCUUUUUCUCAGCAGACUGUUUCCACUUCAGUGAGCGAGCACAUGCAGAGAUGGCCAUCUCACUGUGGAACAACAUGUUGGAACCGGUGGGGAGGAAGCAGGUGUACAACAACUUUACACAUGACCGCAGCAAGAUCCAGUGUCCAACAGAGGAAAAACCCUUCAUCUUCACCAAGAUAAACAGCCUUCCCAGCAGCUCCACCGCCCGCCCGAGCCUGGCCCCCGGCACCACCCCCAGCCCCGGCCCCAGCACCGCUCCCGGCCUCGGCCCCAGCACCGCUCCCGGCCUCAGAACCACCCCCCCGGCCGGCCUCCUGCACUGCCCCGCCUCCCUGCCCGUGUGGGCGGCCCCGCUGCUGGGGGUCAUCGGCUUGCUGAUUGGCUGGUGCGUCACCUGGCAGCUGUUCUCCUGCAGAGAGAGGAGGAACCGGAGGAAGGUGGACAGUGAGGCAGAGAUGAAGGGAGCUGGGUUCUAA